AAUAAAAUGCAAAAGCGAAACACUUCGAGAAUAUUGUCAUAAAAAAGACUGCUAUUUAUUUAUUAAUUUUUUUUAAAACAAAACACAAUUUAUAUAAAAUGAGCAUUUGUAGUGUUAGAGGGAUAAAUUUGCAGUUGUGCAGACGAGCAUUUCUAUUAGCCAACCGGAGGCAAACGCCGGUAACAUUUCAAGAUUAUGCAGUUACAAAGCGUUGUGCACACAACAGUUCAUUUCAAAAGGAAGAGAGUCGUCCUAAGAUUUCCUAUAACAGUGAGGUAUUAAGAGCUGCUAAUUGCAAUGUAAGUGGCAAAAAUUUGGAAUCACAAAAGCAAGCUACAAAUACUGAGGGAAAGAACAAUUUAGCGGAUAGUUCAACUAGUAAUGGUGAUGGGAAUAACAGUGGAAAAACAAAAAUUUUACUUGCCUUGGCAGCUGCCUUAGGAAUUGGAGGAGUGGUUUAUUAUUUCAAUAAAGGCGAUGACGCCCCGAAGAAGGACGUAUCACAACCUAUUCCACAGACAAAACCAGCUAGUUCUCAAGAUCUGCCAAAGCAUGUGCCAUAUUUGUUAAUUGGUGGUGGAACAGCAGCGUUUUCAGCAUUCCGUGCUAUAAAAUCAAAUGAUGCCAGAGCUAAGGUGCUGAUGGUGACAGACGAACAACGAAAACCCUAUAUGCGUCCACCACUAUCGAAAGAAUUAUGGUACUCAGCCCAAGACACACCGCUUUCAGAAGAUUAUAGAUUUAAACAGUGGACAGGUGCUGAACGCAGCUUAUACUUUGAACCUGAGGAAUUUUUUAUUGACCCCUCCAAGUUAAAUGAAAGUGAAAAAGGAGGUAUUGCUGUAGCUCAAGGUUUCAGAGUAAAGAAAAUAGAUCCAACAAAGAAAAUAGCCACUUUAAGUGAUGGCUAUGAAAUUGGUUACGACGAAUGUUUAAUAGCUACCGGUUGCAGCCCUAAAUUAUUGCCCGUUUUUUCAAAUGCUCCCCCCAGUAUUCAAGACAAAGUUAUGGUGUAUCGUACACCGGACGAUUUUGAACGUCUCAAAAGUUAUGUGGACGCUAAAAAGAAAAUUACCAUUAUUGGUAAUGGAUUCUUAGGAAGCGAAUUAGCCUGUACAUUGGCUAACUAUUCAAAGAAUAAUGGUAACAAUAUAUACCAAGUGUUUCCAGAAAACGCAAAUAUGUCAAAAGUGUUACCGGAUUAUCUAAGCAAAUGGACAAUGAAAAGAAUGGAAUCACAGGGAGUGUGUGUUCUACCAAACGCUAGUGUUAAGAAUGUAACGCGUGAUGAUGCUUCUUUAAAAUUAACAUUAAGUACAGGAGAUACAAUAAUGUCUGACAUAGUGGUUGUUUGCGUGGGAUGUGAAGCUAAUACGGAUUUAGCUAGUCUUUCUGGCUUAGAGGUGGAUGGAAAUCUGGGUGGCUUUGUGGUGAAUGCUGAAUUAGAAGCACGUCGUAAUUUGUUUGUUGCUGGAGAUGCCUCCUGUUUCUAUGAUCCUCUAUUAGGUAGAAGACGUGUUGAACAUCACGAUCAUUCCGUUGUUUCAGGCCGUUUGGCUGGCGAAAAUAUGGUGGGAAAAAAGAAGCCAUACAAUCACCAAAGCAUGUUUUGGUCUGAUUUGGGACCAGAAAUCGGCUAUGAAGGUAUUGGUUUAGUCGAUUCAUCGCUGCCAACUGUAGGCGUUUUUUCAUUGGCUUCUAAAGCUGCUGACAGAUCUGAUAAUCUUGCUGAUAGCCAGAAUGUGGAUUCAGAGAAGAAGGAAAUCACAAAAACAAUUAAUACCACAGAUACUCCUGCUACGGAUGCUGAUUCGCCACCCAAUUACGGGCGAGGAGUAAUAUUUUAUUUAAAAGAUGAAAAAAUCGUUGGCAUUUUGUUAUGGAAUAUUUUCAAUCGCAUAGGACUGGCACGUACUAUAAUAAAUCAGAACAAAAAAUACGAUGACCUAAACGAAGUCGCUAAACUUUUUGAAAUUCAUUCGUAGAGCAAACACUUAAUUUUAAUUUAAAUGUAAUUUGAUUAGGUAAAAAUGUUUAUUUUUAUUGUUAUUUAAAUGUCUAACUUGCAAAAAAAAAAAAAAAAUCAAAUGGUACCUUUGAUUAUAAACCAACAAAUAUACAUACCUUAAGGGUUUUUCAACCUUGAAA